UUUUAUUACUAUUUUAUAAUAUUAAUAAAAGAAUAUUUAUAAAAAAAAUUGUACAAAUAUAAUAAUAUUUUUAAUAUUAAAUAUAAUGACACAAAUAAAUAUAUCUGUUAUAUAUGUAAUAAUUUUCCAGUGCGACAAAAAUGGGUACUCUUCGUUUAGAUUUGUUUAGGCUCACAUUUAAUUUUUAGGAAUAGGAAAGAAAGUUGAAACAUUAAACUAGCUAAAACUAAAUGUUGCAAAAUAUAAAAUAUGCCAAGUACUAUUCGGUUUAAUGUUUUCAUGAACUGUUUGGGAUGUAGUUAGCUAAAAAAAGUUAAUUGUCUUUAAUUUUGAUUAUUUGUGCAGUUAAUUAUGGUAAGAUUGGCAAGAAAUAUAUCGAAAUUGACGCGUGGAAAUUUUAAGAAUAUCAUAAAUUUGUGGAUAAUUAAUUUACAGCUGGAGUGUUCCUGUAUUCAUUAAAUUUACCCAUAACGAGCAAAACCUCUUGUCAUAAUUCCUUUAACCGUUAAGCUCUCUCUCUCUCUGAACCUCCAUAGCAUUUGCUGCCAUUUGUGAUUAAUUCCACAGUUCUUAUCAGUAAAUCAGUUAGCAGUUUUAUAGGAUUAGUGUUACACUACUUGUCGGAUUGGAUUCUUCAAUUUGAAGAGGUGUUUUUUUCGAAGAAAGCCAAAUCUUUGAGAUGGGUUUUCUCUGAAUUUCGAGAAGAGAUUUGAGGAGCCUGGUUUCGAUGAAUCAAUAGUUUUCAAUCAAAGAUGCAAUUAAUGUGGGAAAAAAAAAGCUAUGUUUGAUUGAAGUUAGCUGGAGGUUAUUUUACUGAUUUUAAUUACUUCUAUGGAUUCUUCGAUUCUCACUUUGGUUGCUGCUCUUUGCUUUGGUUUCUUUGCUCUCAUUGUUGAGUCUCAAGGAAACCUAAACCUAAACCUAAACCUAACCCCUCCUGCCCCUCCUCCUCCUCCUCCUCCUCCUCCGCCGCCGCCGCCGCCGCAGCCUCCUUCCACACCCCCUCCCCCUCCUCCACCGCAUUCUCCUCCCCCACCGCCACCGCCGCACCACCGGCCAAGGAGAGCCCCACCGUUGUCUCUGGACCACGGCGGCGGCCAUAUUAAACACAGAUCUCCAUCAACGCCGGCGGGGCUCAACGCCGGGAAGAAAGUCGGUUUGAUGUUCAUCGGAGUUGGGGUGAUCUUGCAGGUCUGUGUGGCGGCAUUUCUGUUGAUCCAGAGAAGGCAAAUUUUCAGAGCCGAAAGUGGCUACUAGUGUAGCUCAUCAGCAAGAAUCACCCACACUUAUUAAUUGCGAAUUGAUUUAUAUUCAGAUUUACCAUAUUGUUUAAUUUCUUCCUCCUUUGGAGCUAGAACAGUAAAAAUUGGUGGGAUUGGGAUUCUUUAAUUUGUUGUGAGAGCUGAUCGAUGGACCGAGAAGGAGCAGAGGAGCUUUUGGUAUCUGCAUCUGGUUCGCAGCUCCUGUAAAUUGGUGACAUAAAGGAAUCGUUCGUUUUCAAAACUUCAAGGGCGUGCGCUUGAAUUCAAGUAGUUGAGCAGACAAAAACACAGAGAGUAGUUUGAAGCUGAGGUUGGUGAAGUUCCAAUCAGCUAAAAAGCGGUGAUCGAUCGAUCCAGGUGAGAUCAUUGAUCAAUGACAGCAAGAGUCAAGGGUAGAGAUUUUCGUUGAGUUGGCAUCCGCAGCCAUGACCAUACUGCAGAAAGGGAAAGCCAAAUACGACAUGGUGAUUGUGAACAUGAACUCGCCGGACCUCCAUGGGUUCAAGUUAUUACAAUAGGCGGUGUCAAUGUUGAUCCCAGCCAUACGUAAGAGCCCUACCCCUACCCACACCCCAACUUCCGAAAAUGGUGAAUAAUUGUAUAUAUUAACCGCGGAUCU